UCUUUACUCCAGGUCUCUGCUUUCGAGGUCUGAACUUUCUUCACUGAUUACUGCAAGAAGCUCUCAUCAAACACAAUCCUCAUCUUAUUCCUGAAACUUGUCUCAACAAAUCACACAAUGUCUCAACAAAUCAGCCUCCCUGCCAAACUGAUUAAUGGUGGCAUUGCUGGCAUCGUUGGAGUCACUUGCGUGUUUCCCAUUGAUUUGGCCAAGACAAGACUCCAGAACCAGAGACCAGGCCAACAAGUCUACAAGAGCAUGAUUGACUGCCUCCUCAAAACAGUACGAUCUGAGGGAUAUUUUGGCAUGUAUAGAGGUGCUGCGGUUAAUCUUACACUCGUCACUCCUGAAAAGGCCAUCAAACUGGCUGCCAAUGACUUCUUCCGGUGCCACCUCUCCAAAGAUGGGAGAGGGCUGACUGUAUUUAGAGAGAUGUUGGCUGGAUGUGCUGCGGGCAUGUGCCAGGUUAUUGUCACUACUCCAAUGGAGAUGCUGAAAAUUCAACUUCAGGAUGCUGGGAGACUAGCCGCUCAGCAGAGAAAACCAGGCAUCAUUCCUCCCAAUAGACUGGUGACCACAAAUGCGGUGUUGAGUCGUUCCUACAAUGUGGUGCCGAGCAGCUCACCCAGGGCCGUAUCUGCCACCCAAAUCGCAAGAGAGUUACUGCACUCUCACGGCAUUCAGGGACUCUACAAAGGCCUUGGUGCAACUCUAUUGAGAGAUGUACCUUUCUCGAUCGUCUACUUCCCUCUCUUUGCAAAUUUGAACAAGUUGGGUAAGCCCUCCCCUGACGCGGCUGCACCAUUUUAUUGGUCAUUCAUCUCUGGAUGUGUUGCAGGCUCCACGGCUGCGGUUGCCGUUAAUCCAUGUGAUGUGGUUAAGACCAGGUUGCAGUCUCUGAGCAAAGGAGCAAACGAGGAAUCCUACAAUGGCAUAAUUGACUGUUUCAGCAAGAUCAUGAAGCGAGAAGGCCCGUCUGCUUUCCUGAAGGGAGCAGGCUGCAGGGCUCUAGUCAUCGCGCCACUGUUUGGUAUCGUGCAGGUCAUGUACUUCCUCGGUGUGGGAGAGUUUAUCAUGAGCCAGUCCUCACUAAAGCUAAUCUCUGACUGAACAGACCCCAGAACCGCUCAUAUUGUGGCAGCUACACAACCAACUGUACAUUUACAAGAAAAGAUAAACAUUAAUCAAGAUGGUAGAGCUGUCGAGAGAACGGCAACUUCUACUCUGGUUAGGUUCUUGUGAGAUUUUUCCAGCCUUACCACACAUCCUCUAUGGUCUACGGCUUAUUUGAUGGGCCGUGGCCAGAAUUUUGCACUUGUUGGUAAGGAUACAUCUGGAGGAAAGCGCUUAAGUUGUGCUUACACUUUCUAGAAGCAUAUAUGUGAAAGUUUCCCCUCAAUGAGGGGAGACUGGUGUCACUAAUGACACUGAUUUUAUGUUUUUCAUCUAUACAUCUACAAUUCUUUUUGUAUUAAGUCUGCUUUUUCCCUACUCAAAAUGCAUUGAUUUCUGUGUUUUUUCUGUUCUUGACAAUGUUUUCGGUGUUUAAACAAUUGGGUUACUUAAUAUUUUUGAAGCUUUCAGAUCUUGUAACUCUAAUAGUUUUAGGGAAUGUCAUUGACAUUGUGUUUCAUUUCAGUCUUUGAGCUAAAUUUUGGGGGAAGGUACAAAAGGUGCAUUCUAAAAUGCAGUAUGGAAUGACUACCUAAAACAUACACAACAUAUGAUGCAUAUUGUUUUUAUGCAAUAUUUUGACACUUUGAAGACGUGCAUUUAUUAUUUUUUUUUCAUUACUUGGACCAGCAUGUUACAACUGUAGCUUCCAGGGAUUCCUAGUCCCAAAGCAUAGGUCAUUAUUUUUUUUUUCAAUUAACAGACAAACAUGACAAACUUUUCACGAAGUUUGAGGGACCUGGCCUUGAGCAAAAGGCUGUAUAAGUGCUGUGAUUUUAGAAAACUGUAUUAAUAUCUACCUACAAUGACACCUCAGUGCAUCAUGGAUUAAUUUGUUUAAUGUAAUGGUCUAAUUCAACAUUACAAAAAUGAAUAAACAAAA